ACAGCUCGUUUCCCCCUAUCACAACAGUCCUCAGACUGUCUCGUCCUGGUGUCAUUCACAAAAAAUUCUCUGCUGGAUCUGAGGUUCAGUUUGUUCACAGGGCGUUGGUGAGGACUCCUUCCUUUUUCUGUUUAUAAAAUUGCAGGAUUAAAGGAUUCAACGGUCGCUUGGAUCUUAUGUCAUGGCCGAAGCAGUGAACCCACAGGACCAAUGGGAGGAAGGUUUUGAGGACGAAUUCGGAGAAAUCAUCAAAACUCGAUCAGAUGAAAGAGAAGACGUUCAAAAGAAAACCUUCACCAAAUGGAUAAACUCACAGUUUGCUAAGACAAGAAGACCUCCUAUUGAUGACCUCUUCACUGACCUGUGUGAUGGCCGACGUCUUCUUGAACUUCUGGAGGUUCUGGUUGGCCAUGAAAUAGUUAAAGAACGUGGCUUCACUCGAGUGCACUCCCUUAACAAUGUUAACAGGGCCCUGCAGAUCCUUCAGAAGAACAAUGUUGAUCUGGUGAACAUUGGAGGAGCUGACAUUGUAGAUGGGAAUCAUAAACUGACCCUGGGGCUCAUCUGGAGCAUCAUUCUCCACUGGCAGGUUAAGGAUGUGAUGAAAGAUGUCAUGGCGGACUUACAGCAGACCAACAGCGAAAAGAUCCUGUUAAGCUGGGUCAGGCAGUCCCUCAAAAACUACCAAGACGUCAACGUGGUCAACUUCUCCAGCAGCUGGGCUGACGGUUUCGCUUUCAACGCUCUCAUCCACAGCCACAGGCCAGAGCUGUUUAGCUGGAGUGUGGUGGAGCAACAGGAUAAUGCUAUUGAGAGACUGGAUCAUGCCUUCGGUGUUGCGGAGAAGAGUUUAGGCAUCGACCGGCUGCUGGACCCCGAAGAUGUUGCUACAGUCCAUCCAGAUAAGAAAUCCAUCAUCAUGUACGUCACCUCCCUCUUCAAAGUGCUGCCCCAUGGCGUGAGUUUGGAGGCCAUCCAAGAGGUGGAGACCCUCCCUCGGGCCGCAGUGACCAAGGAGGAGCACGUCCUCUAUCAAACCCAACAGCGAUACUCCCAGCAGAUCACAGUCAGCGUGGCCCAGAGUCGCGUUCGCAGCCCGUCGCCCUCCUAUAAGCCAAGAUUUAAAAGCUAUGCUUUCACUCAAGCUGCCUACGUCAAGACACCUGAACAGCAGAGGAAGUUCCUCAUCGCACAGUCUCCAGACAAGGCCGAUGAACUGCGACCGUCCCCCAGUCCCCUACCGCAGGGGCUAAAUGAGCUGGAAAGCUACCAGAGUGCCCUGGAGGAGGUCCUGACCUGGCUGCUCUCUGCGGAGGACGGCCUGCAAGCACAGCCACCCAUCUCUUCUUUUGUAGAAGAAGUCAAAGAGCAGUUUCACACUCAUGAGGGCUACAUGGUGGAGCUGACGUCUCACCAGGGCAGCGUGGGUCGGGUCCUGAAAGCGGGAAGUGUGUUGUUGUCUGGAGGGCAGCUGACUGAUGAUGAAGAGAGGGAGGUGCGGGAACAGAUGAAUCUGCUCAACUCGCGCUGGGAACAUCUGCGUGUGGCCAGUAUGGAGCGACAGAGCAGGCUUCAUGAAGUUUUGAUGGAUCUUCAGCACCAGCAGCUGAAGCAGCUCUCUGAUUGGCUGGACAUGACGGAAACUCGGAUUAAAAGGAUGGGAGCGCAGGCUUUGGGGCCUGAACUUGACGACAUAAAGCGGCAAAUCGAAGAGCAGAAACUCUUACAGGAAGAUCUGGAGCUGGAACAAGUGCGAGUGAAUUCGCUGACUCAUAUGGUGGUGGUCGUAGAUGAGAAUAGUGGGGAUGGUGCCACCGCAGCCUUGGAGGAAAAGCUGCAGAACCUUGGGGAACGAUGGGCAGCGAUCUGUAAAUGGACUGAAGAGCGCUGGAUCCUUCUUCAAAAGAUCCUGCUGUGCUGGCAGCAUUUCUCUGAGGAGCAGUUGCUGUUUGACUCUUGGCUGACUCAAAAGGAGGAGUUGGUCCAGUCCAUCCAAAGCAGUGGCACAAAUGACCCAAAUGAAGUAGCCGCCAACCUGCGGAAGCUGGCGAUUUUAAAAGCAGACCUGGAGCUGAAGAGGCAGACCAUGGACAAGCUUUGCUCGCUCGUCCAGGAUCUGCUGACUAACAUCAAGAGCAAAGAGGCCGCUGGGAAACUGGAAGCAAAGCUGGAGAGGUUUGCUCAACGCUGGGACAAAUUGGUGCAGGCGCUUCAGCUCACCAGCACCAAGAUUUCAACUAUUGUCACCACAUCCCAGUCGGAGAUCACGCACACAACCAUGGCAACUGUCACCAAGGUGACCACGAACCAGAAGAAGAUGGUGAAGCAUACUAAGGAGGGCAUGUCCACCCCUCCACCUCAGAAAAAGAGACAGAUUGUUGUGGAUUCAGAACUGCGGAAAAGAUUUGAUGUGGACUUCACUGAAAUUCAUAGUUUUAUGACUCGGUCCGAGGCUGUUUUGCAAAAUCCAGAGUUCUCAAUCUCCCGUAAAGAAGGCAGUGUGGCAGAUCUCUAUGAAAAAGUGCUGGCAAUUGACAGGGAAAAAACCGGAAAAGUUCAGGAAGUUGCAAGAAGCCACUAGCUCAGCCCAGGCUUUGGUGGAUCAACUUACCAGCGACGGUCAGAACUCAGAGGACAUCGAACAAGCGGCUCAGCAGUUGCGCGCUCGAUGGGUGGACUUCUGCGCUCUCCUGGCCGAGCGGCUGGC